GCCCUGGGCGCUGCGGCAGCCGCUCACGCAGCCCUCACGCUGCCCCCGUACUCCAGACGGCUUCGUACGGUUUCGCAGCGUCGCCCUACGCCGCCCAGCCCGCGCUGUACCCGUGCCUUUGGCGCGCUGAGACCGCCCACUCACAAGCAUGUGGGAGUGCGUCGGCUACGGCCCCGCCACGAAUAGGGUAGCGGUCCAGGACCGGGGGAAAGGCUGGUCCAAGCUGCCCACCUCUACACAACGUAGAGACGUCUUUCGGGGCAAGGACUGCGGCGUCGUCCAUUCGCAGUAUAACACGACGGCGCAACUCUGGAAGGGUUUACCGGGAGAUACACGUGCGAGGCAAAUCACAAACUUUGGACUUGAGCCUAGGCAUUCCAAGAUCAACACGUGGCAGGCGUCGGGGUUUGAACGUUCGAAAUAUUUUGGUGAAGUAGGGCCAAGCUACGUUUCAGACUUGCGACGAAAAAGGCCAGAAGAACUAGCUCUAUCACCAAGGACGAUGGUAAGUGAAGCGAUCCUCGAGAAGGAUGAGUGGUGGGACGUCGACCCGCGGUCGAAUCGCUUCAUGUCCAAGGUGGUUCCUGUUCCUGGUUCCAAGGGAGCGCCCAAAAUUGACAAACGAAAGCUGCCCAAAGCAUACGUGCCGGAUCCCGUCGACUCGGAACGAGCCUACCGUGGAAUAGGUAGGAAGGAGUCGACGCACUGUGUCGGUGAUGAUAUUUUUAGGGUUUCUAGGGAUGAGGUCGACGAUGCGGUGGAAGAGUGGCUACGCUCUCAUAACCGUGCAGGCUACGUGCGGCCUUAUAGGACCGUGCGCGCGCGGUCCAACAAACCGGUGGACUGGUCGGACAUGGAGGACCUGGUCUUCGCGCUGCGGGCUUUACCAGAACAGCCCGAGGAGCAAACGUCAAAACGCGACGACUUACUUGUGGAGCGCAUGCUCGUGACGCUUAACAUGAUCGGAUGAUGACUUUCUAGUCCCCCCCGCGCCAUCGCUAACGGCGACGAGUCCCGCCCCCGACGCCGUCGACGCGACGUGUUAGUCACAACUUGUUACGUUAAGA